CCUCUCCCCUUCACACGCCCCAUCACCCCGUCUCCGACGCUACACGUACGCCUGAAAGCGGUAACCACCGGGAGCGAGUUGGUUCCACAAUUCCCACCACUCGUCGAUCCCACUUCCACCACUACUGCCAUGCUUCCGAGAAAACAGAGCAUCUUCCAUCUCGGGGAGGAAGGUGGCGCCGCGUGCCACCGCCGGAGCCUGGUCGGCGCGGCCAUGAGCGGCGACGGCAGCACCGCUCGCCGUGGGCGCGACGGUCUCGUCGUCGGGCUCCAGAUCCUGGUGCAUCAUGAGCACCACGCCGGCGGACACGGCCACCACCACCAGCAACACGGCCGGCACGCACACGCGGCGAACGUAGUCCUCAAGCAGAUGGUCAGGCCGUUGCGUUCCGCCGCCGUUUCUUGCAGCUUCCUGAAGUCGUGCUCCCUCUGCUGGAGGGAGCUCAGCCCCAACAAGGACGUCUUCAUGUACAGAGGGGACCAAGGGUUCUGCAGCGAGGAGUGCCGGGGGCAGCAGAUCCUCGUCGACGAGGCGCGGGAGCGGCGAGGGCAGCCGCGCCACCGCAGCCAUCAGCACACGCCCAUCCGCAACAGGCCCAGGAAGACGCUACUGGCCGUAGCCUAGCGGUCAACUACCAACUGCAUGGUAGAACGAGUGAAUAAGAAGAGAUUUUUGCUUGCAUGUUACGGUAGUCGCUUGCUCCUGUUGUCAGACACAUGCUUCCAGUUGUUUCUUUAUUGAUAGAAGAAAGUCCAGAAAAAAAUAAGAGAUUCAUGUACUGUGCCGCUAUGUGAUCUGUUAGGUUUCGGUCACUUGUGCCCAAAGUGUCCAAAUGUGUCACCGGAAUAGAUUCUGAAAGCUACAAGGGGAUUGACGAACUUUCAAA